AAAUAUUUUCUUGUUUUGCGCUUGUCAGGCUUACAUAUGCGUGUAAUUUGAUGUUAGCUUGCAUUCCUUAUCUCAUGAGCAUAAUGAUUGUGCAAUAAGAUGCUUUCUUAACAUAUAAGUUAUCUUAUCAGUGAUUAAUUUAACAUCGGCGUAUCGACAUAAAUUCCGAUACAUACCUACCUACUUUAUAUCGUCAAAUUAACGCUUAUUUCAUUGCAUUUUCAAAUUAUACGCAAAAUAAUAUUGUUCCUUAGACCCUUCUAACAAAUUUUCAUAACAAAUAAAAUAGUUAGAAUCAUAAUUGACUUAAAAAAUACGCUCUCAAAGUUCUCAUUAUUUCAUUAGUUGCUACUGCGGUUCAAUUCAUUAAAAAUAAAGUAAUUCCAGCUUACUUUACUUAGCCUUAACUUUGCUAAGCUGCUAGUAGAUAUAUUUUCCCUAAAUAAGCAACAGUGAUUAUUAGUUAGUCACAUAGAAUUUGCCGAAACAAUUCCAGGCGCCACGAGUUCCGUGUGACCUUCAACGGCAGAGGUCACCCGGCGGCCGGCAGGCUGUUGUUAGCCUACCGCUGCGCUCGCUCCGUGGCACUCGCCGGGUUUCUUCGAAGACUUGAUCGCAGGAGUUCUUCAAUAACCUACAAAGUGGUUUGAUGCACAUUUACCUACUUAGUCUAAUUGAUUGAACGUGCCCUUCGAUAAUGUUUUCCUCUAGUGAUAAGAAGUCCGAGCCUUCCUCUGGAAAUGAAGCGAAUUCAGGCGUAAAUAUUAAUAACUUACAACUUAAAGACUUGAAUACUUUAAGAGGUACAAAAAAGGGAGCAUUAACUAAAUUUCGUAAUUAUGUGAUGCCUUUAUCUACGUGUACCGUAGAAACAAUUACAAGUUUACAGAUCAAAGAAUUAACUAUUCGCUUAACAAAAAUAGAAAAUUUAUUCUUUGAAUUUGAUAACAUUCAAACUAGGAUUGAACUUUUGUGUGAUGAUGAGCAACAAUAUCUUGAAAGGGAAUUAUUUGAAUCCCAAUAUUACAGCACAGUUUCCAUUGCUCAAGAAAUAAUUGAAAAUUAUUCGAAAUUUAACGAAAAUAAAAAUGAAAAUCACGGUUCCAACAAAUCAACUUGUUCCGCCGCUUGUAGUGGGCAAUUUAAUAAUGUAAAACUACCCACAAUUAAUUUACCCAAAUUCGAUGGCAAUUACCUUACGUGGUUAGAAUACAGGGAUACCUUUGACUCUUUAAUUAAUUCAAAUGAGUCUAUCUCAAACAUAAAUAAAUUUCACUACUUAAGGGCAUCUUUAGAAGGAAACGCGGCAGUUGUGAUUAAAUCUAUUGAGUUUACCUCUCAGAAUUACAAUGUAGCUUGGGAACUUUUGUGCGAACGGUUCGAUAACAAAAAAAUAUUAAUAAAUAAUCACCUAAAGGCAAUAUUUAAUUUCGAACCAAUUGCUCGUGAAUCGCAUAAGGCGCUUAGAUUUAUGAUUGAUCACAUCACAAAAAAUUUACGAUCUCUUCAAAGCCUCGAUUUACCUACAGAUAGCUGGGACGUCUUAAUAAUUUAUUUAAUGUCAACAAAAAUUGAUCCUGUGACUUUAAGAAAGUGGGAAGAGUCAAAGAACAGUCAUACAGACUUACCUACUUUAAAAGAAUUCCUGAAUUUUUUGCGCAAUCGAGCAGAUGUUCUUGAGACGAUGUUAGUUAGCAAAGGUGAACAGAAAACUUCGUUCACAUUUCAUAAAGAACAAAAAAGACAUGAACAUUAUCAUAAAGAUUCACAUCAACAAAAGAGCAAAAGUUUUGUAGCUUCUAGCAAUGAAAAACAUAGCCAGCCAUCAUGCCCGUGUUGUAAUGAUAAACAUCGAAUAGUUGAAUGUAACAAGUUUCAUAAUUUAUCUCCGGAAGGUAGGUCAAACGAAGUCGUAAAACAUAACCUUUGUUCGAACUGCUUACGGAGAGGUCACAAUGCUACUGAGUGUCGACUGAGUGGCACUUGUAGGAUCUGCAAACAAAAACAUAAUACUUUAUUACAUAGAUCGGAUAAUAAUAACGUUAGUAACACAGUCUUAAACUCCUUACCUGUGUCACUAUCAGCACAAACUCCAAGCCAAGUCCUAUUAGGUACAGCCUUAAUUAAAGUUGUCAAUCCUGAAACAAAAAAUACUUACGUUGCUCGUGCCUUACUCGAUGCGGGCAGCCAAUCUUCAUUCAUCACCUCGAACCUGAAACAUAAAAUGGGUUUAGUAGGUAAAAACAUAAAUACAAAUGUAACGGGCAUAAACAAUGCGCCAAUAUUUUUGUCAGAAAGCUGUGAAUUGAGUAUUGAAUCAUUAGUUAACCCGUUCAGUACUUACCUUAAAUGUUUAGUGAUGCCUCAAAUUACCGGUCACAUACCUAACGUUCCUGUAGACGUCACACAGCUUAACUUACCUGAACAUAUACAGCUGGCCGAUCCUAAUUUUUAUCAGCCAUGUGAAGUUGACCUUCUUUUAGGUGCAGAAGUGUUCUAUGAGCUCAUGUCACCUAAACAAAUCAAGUCGAGGCCUGGUAUGCCUAUCCUUCAAGAAUCCAAGUUAGGCUGGAUUGUGGUAGGACCCCUCAGUCUUAAUAAUUGUAACCUGAAACAUAAUGGUACUCAAAACAAGAUUCAUUGUAACUUUACAAAAGAAAUUCAUGAAAACUUAACGAAGUUUUGGGCUCUUGAAGAAGUUCAAAGUCAAAGUCAAAGCAGUGUGCAUGAGUAA